AUGAAAAAACUGGCAGCACGGCAAUCAGAAAUCACAAAAAAGUCCUCAGUGAUAAGGGAGAACAUCAUACGGAAAUAUCAGGAGAUCCAGGCUGUCCUAGAUGAGGACCUGAGGAUCACUCUGUCCCACCUGGAGAUAGAGGAGAGGGCUGCGGUCUCUGCCCUGGAUGGGAUGUUGGAAAGGAACUGUUCUCUAAUCCAGGAGAUAGAGCAGGACCUGGCCAGACUCACUGUAGCCAUGGACCAGACUGACACAGAGCCGGAUACAAUGUCUUUCUUUUCAUACCCUGAGCAGCAAGACAUGGAGACAGUGGACAGAGUCGUGGAUUUGCUAAACAGAACAGACCCGAGCAGCGUGAGCCUGGACGAAGUUAAAGCUGACCAGAUCCUCAGCCUCACCAACAACUUGCUUCUACUUAUCCGCUCACAGACCCCUAUUAUCAAGAAACUCAACAAGAGUUAUUCCAGCGAGGUGUGUCUAGAUCCAGAGACGGCCCACCCAAAGCUGAUCAUCUCCCCCCGAGGUGACAGUGCCACCUACACCGACACCUGGCAGCAACUUCCUGACCUCGCUGGACGCUUUGACACCACCCUCAAUGUCAUCAGCGUGCAAGGAUUCAGCUUUGGUCGCCAUUACUGGGAGAUUGAUGUGACUGGGAAGACUUACUGGGAGUUGGGCAUUACCUAUCCCAACAUUCCCCGCAAGGGCACCACUGAAGACUGCUGGCUGGGCCGCGGGGAAGAGUCCUGGUGUGUGGAGUUCUUUGAUGGAGAGUACACAGCCUGGCACGCAGGGUUGCCCCAUCAGCUGCCUUUUACAAAACGCUUCUGUCGGAUUGGUGUUUUGUGUAGUGUGUCUGCAGGACUGGUGACAUUUCUUGAGGCAGACAACAUGACGCCGCUGUUCUCCUUCUGUGCAGGAACCUUCUCAAACUGCCUCCACCUGGCCCUGUGUCCUGGUCAUGACCACAAUGGCAACAAUACUAACCCCAUUGUAAUCUGUAACGCUCCAUCUUCUACCAGUGAUCUCUGUUCAGUGGCUACACGGAGAAGCUUUUAGUCAUUCCUUGCUCAGGCACUACUUUCUAAAAUCACACCAGUUAUAAAGGUUUAUGAUAUACUGGUCAUGCGAGAUUUUAACUAGGAUUCAUCCUCUGGGGACCAUGAAUGUCUGUACAAUUUUUUUUUUUAGAUAUUUCAGAGGAAAAGAGAAAACUUUGACCUGCUGGUGGGGAGAAGUCAGGGAAUCAUCAAACUCAUUAGAAUUCAUCCUCUAGAGACAGUAUUGACCAACAGACAUAUCAACAGACCUCCACUGCAGUCGCCAAUUUAAUCUACUUUAUAGAUCAAUUUUGCUGUAAACAAACCGAGCAGUGGCUAAGUGCAGCUCGCUGCAAUAGGCUAAUUACAUAGACUAAUUCAGCACCCAUUGGAGCAUGUGCACCGUGCAGGUGUCUGCUCCUGCUUGGCACGGCUAUCCUUCGGCAUGUUGGUGUCUGCAACAAAAAUUGGAUAUCAUAGUCAGACAUUAAACUCUGAUUUCAUGCACUUUCCACAAUGGAGGUUUCCUCUCAAUAGCUAUUUUAAUUUUGUCUUUGUUGCUAAGAUUUAGCUGCAGUGACUCAGCAACAUUGGUCUUGGAUUGCAUUCCAGAUAUGACAUUUUUUAGGUUGUUAUUAUUGUCAGUGCAACAUAUAACGUCACUGCAUGCAGAAAAGAAGACAGCUAUAAGGAAGGAUAGUGUCCAUUUAGUGACACUAACGGCUGCUGUUGUUAACUGGUUGAUCAAGAAUGGCAAACAGAGCACCAUGCCUAAUACGGCAUAGAUAACUAAAGUUACACAACACUGGCCGAGAGAUUUUAUCUGACUGUUUUUAACGAUGGUAAGCUAACGUUAAUUGAGACGCUUGGCAGGCUAACGCUAAAUAGUCAAAUGGAAAGUGAGACAGUAUUAACUAAAGUCAGAGUCCAUUUAGCAAAACUAAAUUGUACGUGAUGGUUACGUAACAAUGUUGAGUGGCCUUUCUUGUGUCUCGUCCAGUCCACUUAGCAACUGCAACAACAUUGACUGAGUGUCGCUCUGAGUGUGCACUAGUGCUAGUGUUUCCAGUUGGUUUUGAUUCUGUUUUAUAGCGAAAGAUUCCUGGAUUUGUAGGUAGUGUGGUAAUGUGUUCAUUGUUUCACAGGGAGAAAAUUCUUUGAAAAAAAGGUCAACAGGUCACAGGAGUAUAAGGACUUAUUGACAGGCUGUGUGUAGUCACUGGCUGAAAUUUGCGGUGAAAGGUAAAACUACCCCCAACUUUUAGUUUGGAUUCUCUUUGAUGUUGAAUCAAAUGUCUGCAGCUUGCUGAGCUCUACAUUUUUGCAGCACUUUCUCAUAAACAUUGCAUGUCAGCUGCUGCAGGCUUCUAUAUUUGGCAAUAAUAUACUGUCAAUGUUGGCAAUCCAUUUACUAAAUGCUCAAACCUUCAAAAAUCUACCCAGUCU